GCAGCGUAGAGGAGGGCUGCUGGCCGAGUGAGGGCCGCUCCAGGUUUAGCUGCUGGAGGGAGGAGGGCAGGGAGGUAGCUGGCCAGGGCAGCCCUAGGCGGCUGCAGGCGGGACCGCCCCGUCGGGGCACCUAUCGGGCUGCCCAGCCCUCUGUCCCUCGGUGCAGAGCGCAGCCGUCAGUGGCGGGCUGGCCGGCCGCGGGGCCAUGGAGCCGCUGGUGCUGCUCAAUGCUCUGGCCACGCGGCUGCUCUUCGCGCUUCACUCUCUGGUGGGCGUCUGGCGGGUGACCGAGGUGAAGAAGGAGCCCCGUUUCUGGCUGCUGGCACUGCUGCAUCUUCCCCUCGUCCUGGAGACGGCGCUCACGCUGAAGAGGCGCCGAGGCCGAGGCUACCCUGGAUUUUCACCCGCCAUAUUUUUCUAUCUGAUUAGCAUUGUGCCAUCAUUAUGGCUGCUGGAACUGCAUCAUGAGACCCAGUAUUGCAGUAACCAGGCUGAAGGAAUGUCUCCAAAUAUUGGUAGCAAGGGGGAUUUCAAUCGAACUCAGAUGAUGAAAAGUCAAAACACCGGAACCGAGACUCUCCUUGAGACGGCCAAAGAUUUUGUCAAUAAUUUAUCGACUGUGUGCGAGAAAGUUUGGACUCUGGGACUCCACCAGACCUUCUUGUUAAUGCUGAUAAUUGGAAGAUGGCUUCUACCCAUCGGUGGUGGAAUCACACGGGACCAGCUCUCUCAACUUCUUCUCAUGUUUGUGGGGACUGCGGCUGACAUACUGGAGUUUACUAGUGAGACCCUGGAAGAACAUGAUGUGAGAAAUAAUCCUGUACUUGUCUAUGCAAUUCUUGCCAUUUGGACCUGGAGCAUGCUACAGUUUCCACUUGACCUUGCAGUACAGCAUUUCGUCUGCCCCUCAUCUGUGGCCGCUAAAGGAUUCAUCAGUUUGUUCCUCUGCCAGUACAGUGCUGAUCUGUGGAACAUUGGAAUCAGCCUCUUCAUCCAGGACGGGCCUUUCCUCAUUGUCCGCCUCAUACUGAUGACCUAUUUUGGAGUGAUCAACCAGAUGCUGGUGUUCUUUGCUGCCAAGAACUUCCUCGUUGUGAUGUUGCAGCUCUACCGCCUAAUUGUGCUGGUGCUAGAUGUGCAGGCUUCCUUGAGGAAACAGCCUCAAAGUCUGAAAGGAGAGGAGAGCUUUCCAAGUCAGCCUAGGGAAAGUAGGCUUUCACCCAGCACCAGAGACAGUGAGACCACAGAAGCAGCAACUAUUCCUUUAGAAGACUUCCCAGGGACAGCUGAGUGUUGCUGAAUUCAAAGAUGAAGUCUUCCCAAUAGUAUGUUACUUCAGCAAUCCACCAAGCAUUUAUUAAAUGCUUAAUGUGUGCCAGGCACUAGGGAAACAGACUGAAACAAAAGAAUCUCUGACCACAAGGAGUUUAUAGUCUACUGGAAAGUAAACUUCUGUAAAGUUA